AUGGUCGCGCCAAACACCACAGCCCCCGCGUCAUUUGAGAGUUUCGUCAAACAGACGCGCGAGAAGAAGAAGAACGAGGCGCUCGCACAGCAAUUCCUAGGCGGUGGAAACCGGGGCCGAAAAUCCAAUGCAUCUGGCACCGGUGCAGGCGGAAAGGCGCGCGUCGAGUCCGAAAAGCCGUCGCUGCUCAGUCGGAUAAACGGUGGCGCUGGUGUCCAGAAGCGAUCCUCGAGCGCAAAACCGGCUGACAGCAAGUGGCAGCACGACCUGCACAAGCUGAACAACCCCCGUGGCCCAUCGAGUGCCAGACACAGCCUUCCCCGAACAGCGUCGUCGUCCCAAGUUGAGCGCAACAGCAGGACAUACGAGAAAUUUGCUCCUGUGCUCAGUCGCGGGGCGGCUGCCCGCAGCAACGAUGCACCAGGCUUCAGCAUCCGAGGUGUCGCCAACACCGGUCCGUGUACGGUCAUUGCUAGUAACUUUGCACCUGGUACCACGGCCGCAGACGUUGAAGCCGUCAUGAGCCCUAUUGGCGGAGAGACGCUGGGGUGCAGGAUCCUGUCUGCGAAUCCCACGGUCAUGGUAGAGCUCCAGUUUGUGAGUAGGGAGGGUGCUGAGAAUGUUAUUGCUACGUUCAACAACCAAAAGGCCGAUGGUAGACUGCUCUACGUAUACAUGAAGGACGUCCCUGCGACCACGCACAUGGCACAGUCCCGAGCACCUCCUGCCCGCCUGACGCAAUCGGUUGACGACAUGGAUGUCGAUGUGGAUGGUGGUUCCCGCUCCGGCUUCGGUAACUUCCGAGAAGGACGAUAUGGCUUCAACGACGCAGCCCGCCGAGACCCGCCACGAGGUCCCCGCCGACGAUACUAG